AUGUCACAACCAAACCAUCAAAACCUUAGUGCUGAAACCAAGACCCAUACCAUGCUUGAACAAAUGAUGAAGAUGAUAUCUGACCAAAAGAAGGAGACCGAUGGUAGAUUCCAAGAUUUAGAAACAGCCGUUAAGCAACUGCAAACUAGAGUCUCAUCAACCGACGUUAACCUUGGGAAUUUGCAAGCACAAGUAAAUAACCGAUUGCCCUCACACAAGGAGGAGAGUGAGACUAAGGUAAAAAGGGUUCGAUUUGGUAAUAGAACAGAGGAAAACUUAGCCAUGCCAAAGGCUGAUUCACAAUCAUCACAAGCCGACCCAAGAAAGGCAGAAAAAAUGCACCUACCACAGUCCACUGUUUCGCGCGAUGCAGCAAAUCUUGAGCGGGAGGCGCUAACCUUUGAGCCUCAAAUAGAAGGAAGUUUACACGUUAAUGACCAGCAGCGAUCUUACGAGCCGAAAGCUCCUUUUCCACAGCGCUUGAGGAAGGAAAAAUCAGAUGACGUCAAUGCCGAAAUCCUUGAGACGUUUCGUAAGGUACAAGUUAAUAUUCCACUGAUUGAUGCAAUUAAAAAAGUGCUUAGAUAUGCUAAGUUUUUGAAAGAAUUAUGCACACCUAAAAGGAAAUUAAUUGGAAAUGAGAAAAUUAGCUUAGGCGAAAAUGUAUCUGCGGUAUUUCAAAAGAAAUUUCCUACUAAAUGUAAAGAUCCGGGAAUGUUUUCGAUACCUUGUAAGAUAGGAGACAUUAAACUUGAUAGAGCUAUGGUUGAUUUAGGAGCUUCUAUAAAUGUCAUGCCUAGGAGUAUCUACGAUAGGGUUCAAUUAGGUGCAUUAAAAGACACAGGACUGAUAAUUCAACUUGCAGAUAGGAGUAAUGCCUACCCUGAUGGUGUUUUAGAAGAUGUUCUAGUGCAAGUAAAUGAGUUAGUCUUUCCGGCUGAUUUUUAUGUUUAA